AUGUCUCCCUCCGCAGUCACCGCCAAGAAGUCCUACAGCAUCGCCUCCAUCCCCGCUGAUGGAAUCGGUCCUGAGGUCAUUUCUGCUGGUAUCGAGGCUUUGAACGCUCUGGCCGGUACUCUUCAGACUUUUGAUCUUGACUUUACUCACUAUGAUUGGAGUUCGGAUACUUAUAAAAAGACUGGGAAGUAUAUUCCUGACGGUGGUCUUGAGCAGUUGAAGAAGCACGAUGCGAUCCUCUUUGGUGCGGUUGGAGCUCCUGAUGUCCCUGAUCAUAUCUCCCUCUGGGGUCUUCGUCUGGCAAUCUGCCAGCCCUUCCAACAAUACGCCAAUGUUCGCCCAACACGCAUCAUGCGCGGCACACAAUCUCCCCUGCGUAACUGCAAAACGGGAGAUCUCGAUUGGGUCAUCAUCCGCGAGAACAGCGAGGGUGAAUACGCCGGUCAAGGCGGUCGUUCACACCGCGGUCACGCCUGGGAAGUUGCCACAGAAGUCGCCAUCUUCACUCGUCACGCUGUCAGCAGACUUAUUCGCUUCUCAUUCGAGGUUGCGCAGAAGAGGCCCAGAAAGCACCUGACUGUAGUCACCAAGAGCAAUGCCCAGAGGAACGGCAUGGUCCUUUGGGAUGAGGUUGCUGCGGAGGUGGCGAAGGACUUUCCUGAUGUUACUGUUGAGAAGAUGUUGGUUGAUGCUAUGACUACGAAGAUGGUUCUUAAGCCUGAGACCAUCGAUACCAUUGUUGCCAGCAACUUGCACGCUGAUAUUCUCUCUGACUUGGCCGCUGCCCUCGCUGGCUCAAUCGGCAUCGCACCAACAAGUAACCUCGACCCCAGCCGCGAGAACCCAUCUAUGUUUGAGCCCAUCCACGGCUCUGCGUUCGACAUCACCGGCAAGGGCGUCGCCAACCCAGUGGCUACCUUCUGGACAGCAGCUGAGAUGCUCGCAUGGCUGGGUGAAGAAGAGGCUUCGACCAAGUUGAUGGAGUGUGUUGAGAAUGUCACUGCCUCAGGUGUUCUCACACAAGAUCUAGGUGGAAAGGCGACUACCAAGGAGGUCACGGCUGCGGUCGUGGCAGAGAUCAAGAAGAGCCUUGGCAAGAGUUCGAAGUGAGUGUCAGUAGCGAGAUAAGAUGAUAGAAAAUGACUAGUUGGUG